AUGGCACGUUCGCAGUGCCACGUCGCCGUCCUCCAUUUCCCAGCUCUCUCUCUCUCUCUCUCUCCCCGCAUUCCUGACUCGCAGGCACCUCAGCCGUCAGUAACAGCGGUGGCGAUCUGUCGCCGUCCGUCCGAGUGUCACAGAACCUCAGCCGUCGGUAGCAGCGCUGGCGAUCUGUCGCCGUCCAUCGCCAGCCGCACUGCGACGUCGCUCGCUGUUCGCAGCAGCGUCGCCGCGCGCGGCCCUGGCGGUCGCUCGUCGGUCAGUGGCAUGGUUGCAACAGUGUUUGGCGCCACGGGCUUUCUUGGGAGAUACGUGGCGCAGCAGUUAGCCCGCUCGGGUUCCCAGGUGAUGGUGCCCUAUCGCUGCCUGGAGGACGAUCACAGGCACCUCAAGCUAUGUGGCGAUCUGGGGCAGGUGGUGCCUGUUCCGUUCGACGUGAGGAGCGAUGAGAGCAUUGCGGCCGCUAUUGCCAAGUCAAACGUUGUCAUCAACCUCAUUGGCCGUGACUUUGAGACGCGCAACUUCAGCUUCGAGGACAUCAACAUCUCGGCCCCUCAGCGCAUUGCCAGGAUCGCCAGGGAGCAUGGGGGCAUCGCACGCAUGGUGCACCUGUCCUGCCUGGGCGCUGCUCCUCACGCGCCCUCCAAGCAGCACCAGACCAAGGCGCUGGGGGAGGCAGCAGUGCUGGCGGAAUUCCCACAGGCCACCAUCAUUCGCUCCGGCCCUCUGGCAGGCACGGAGGACCGCCUGCUCAACAGCUGGGCGCUCAUGGCCAAGAAGUUUCCGUUUGUCCCCGUUAUAGCAGGCGGCCACACACUUAUCCAGCCAGUGCAUGUGUUGGACGUGGCAACGGCAGUCAACGCCACCGUCACUGACGACGGCAGCAGCUGUGGGCAAACGUACGAGCUGGGGGGACCAGAGGUGCUUCAAAUCAGGGACCUGGUGCAUCGUGUCUUGGAAACCAUUCGCCAGCACUCCUCCAUUCUCAGCGUCCCUCUUCCUGUCGCCCGGGCCCUCGCCACCCCACGGGAGUUGCUCCUUCACCGCGUGCCAACCCCCAUCCCCAGCCCCACCAUGUUCACACUCGACUACAUCAACUCCCUCUCCUUCCCCCACAUCGUCUCACCCAACGCGCUCACAUUCAAGGACCUUGGGAUCAUCCCGCACCCGCUCACGGGUCUCACCAUCGACUACCUCUUUGCUUAUCGCAGCGGCGGGCCGCAAUACGGCCAGACCGUUGGCGAGAAGUGGUUUAUUGCGCAAGCAGAGCUGAGCCUUUCGGUCAGCGCCAUUUCCGCCGCCAUGGCCGCCACAACCAACGCUUUUCUCGCAGCGAUUUCCGCGAAAUCCGCUGCUCCCUUGAGCCUGUCGUCGUCUGCCACAUGGCAAAAGCGCGUUGGUCCUUCGACGGCGUUCGUCGCACGCGGCCAGCCGCUCCACUCGUCGCUCGCCUCCCGUCGCAUUCCCGUAUCCCCUGCGACGAAUGCAGGCGCGUGCGACCGCCGCGCCACGGCGCUGCGCGUCGUCGCCUCAGCCGUGAGCGACAAGCCUGCGACUGCGGCGACUCCUGGCGGCGGCGCGGGAGUUAGCAAGUCGUAUAACGUCGUUGUUACCGGAUCGACUAAAGGCAUCGGCCUGGCAUUGGUGCGCGAGUUUCUGAGGGCGGGAGACCGAGUCGUGGUGUGUUCACGAUCAGGCGAGAGGGUGGACGAUGUGGUUGCUCAACUGCAGAAGGAGUUUGGCAAAGAGAAUGUGGUGGGCAUCGCAUGCGACGUCUCUAAAGGGGACAACGUGAAGGCUCUGGCUGACUUUGCUGUCAAAUCACUCGGCUCUGUGGAUGUGUGGAUCAACAAUGCAGGCUCCAACGCGUAUGAGUACACUCCCCUGGUGGAGGCGGGAGAUGCAGCCUUAGAGGAGAUAGUCCGCACCAACGUGCUGGGUGUAAUGCUGUGCUGCCGCCAGGCCAUGCGCCUCAUGAGGGAGCAACCCGGAGGGGGACACAUAUUCAACAUGGACGGCGCUGGUGCUGACGGGAACGCCACUCCGCGCUUUGCAGCCUACGGUGCCACCAAGCGCAGCCUAGCGCAGUUCACCAAGUCACUGCAAGCCGAGCUGAAGAUGCUCAAACUCCCCAACGUUGUUGUGCACAACCUGUCGCCUGGCAUGGUGACCACUGACCUACUCAUGUCAGGCGCCAACACUCCCCAGGCCAAGUUCUUUAUCAACGCCCUGGCAGAGCCAGCAGAGGAGGUACGUGUUGGUUGGUAA